CGGCGAGUUCGCAGCUUUUCUCACAACCACGUCCACGCCCCGCAGCCCUGGGAGCAACGAGAGCGGAGCGGGGUCCCGGGCGCGUCCGGCUCGACGGAGCUUCGGUUCCCUCCGCCCGGAGGUGCCGUGUCCGGGGGUGCAGGGCGAGCUCCGCCCACCCCUGCGCCCCACACCCCCGGGCCCCGGUGACCCUGCCCCGCGCCCACCCACGGACUGGCUGGCGGCCCCGCGGAGCCCCCCACGUGCGCCCGGCCCCGCCUCCGCGGAGCCCGGCGCAGCGCCAGGCGCCUCCCCCGCCCGCCCGUCCGUCGCUAUAAGGGGCGGCCGAUGGCAGCGCCUCAGUCGGAGCCGCCGCCGGACCCCGCCGGCACCAUGCAGCGAGCCCGAGCCCGCGCCCUGCUCUGCCUCGCCCUGGCCGCGCUGCUCGGACCGCCCGCCCAGGCGUGGUACAAGCAGGCGGCCGGACCCAGCUCCUACUCGGUGGGCAGAGCCUCGGGACUCCUGUCCGGGAUCCGCCGGGCGCCCCACGUCCGCCGCGCCGAGAGCGGGACAGACAGCGCCGAGCGCCGCGCCGAGCUGCUGCCCCCCGAGCCGCCGGGCCCCGCGCUCCGGAGCACGGCUCUGUGCGUGAAGGACCUUGCCCUGGAGCUGCCGAACUGCCAGCUGCUGUCCGGAGCCCCCAGCACGAUCCUGUGCAAGGCUGAUGUCACCAUCUCCCUCAACCCCUCAGACUGUACCAGCACCUAAUCCCCCCGCUAUGGGGGGAGCAGCACCCUAUCGUCUGCAGCUGACAAUAAAGGCACCUUUAAACCA